UGAAGGUCGGGGUGGGGAAGCUGUCCUAUGGCCCAGCCAGCCAGACGGAGGCUCUCACAGGGCCAGCAGACAGCCAGAGCCAUGCGCUGCUCCACUCUCAGCCUCCUCUUCCUCCUCACACAGGACUUCUUCCCCUGCCUUCAGGCAGCUGGGCUGAUGGUCCCAAAGGCCAGCCCUGGCCGGAAGAGGCAGAAGAGAGACUGGGUCAUCCCUCCAAUCAACUGCCCUGAGAAUGAGAGGGGGCCCUUCCCCAAGCGGCUGGUUCAGAUCAAAUCCAACAGGGACAAAGAGAUCCAGGUUUUCUACAGUAUCACGGGGCAGGGGGUAGACACCCCCCCUGUGGGCGUCUUCAUCAUCGAAAGGGAGACGGGAUGGCUGAAGGUGACACAGCCGCUGGACAGAGAGGACAUCAGCUACUACACGCUCUAUUCCCACACUGUGUCUGCGAAUGGGCAGCGCGUGGAGGGCCCCAUGGAGAUCAUCAUCACCGUGAGCGACCAGAAUGACAACGAACCCCAGUUCACCCAGAGCGUCUUCACAGGCGCCGUAGGAGAAGGAGCCAAGCCAGGUACCUCCGUGAUGCAAGUGACAGCCACAGAUGCAGACGACAGUGUAAACACCUACAAUGGGGUCAUUGCUUACUCCAUCCUGCAGCAGAUACCUGAACAACCCCACAGAGAGAUGUUCACCAUCAACUCGGAGACUGGCGUCAUCAGUGUGAUUGGAACUGGGCUGGACAGAGAGACUGCCCCCCAAUACAGGCUGACAGUGCAGGCUGCAGAUCUGCAGGGAGAGGGGUUCACAGCCUCCGCCACUGCUGUCAUUGAGGUGCAGGUCAAAAACAUGUCCGAGGCCCCUAGCAGCUCCCUGACCAUCCACGCGGUGAACGCUCUGACGGGCCAGCCCGCAACAGGCCUGGCCAUGCACCUGUCCCGGCUCGAAGGCCCCGGGCUGCAGUGGAUGGAGCUGAUGAAGAGCUCUGCCAACGUGGAUGGGCACUGCCCGCUCUGCCUGGCUCCUGGGCAGGUGAAGGCUGGCACAUACAAGCUGCACUUCGACACUGGGGCUUACUGGCAGCAACUGGGCUACACUAGCUUCUACCCCUAUGUGGAGGUUGUCUUCACGGUCACAGAGCAAACCCGGAAGCUGCACAUCCCUCUGCUGAUCAGCCCCUUCUCCUACACCACCUACAAGGGGAGCUAGAGCACAAGGGAGAGCAGGUCGGCCCCCGCGGCCGGCCUGGCCCUGGCUCCAGAGAUGGGCUGGAGGAAUUGACGUGGGGGGGGGCGGCUACGCUAUUAAAGGGUUCUUUCAGCAGCACUC